AUGGCUGCAGCAAUUGCGAAAGGAGAAAAAUUGCCUAUGUUCGCGAUCGGAAAGUCGAAUAGUCCGCGAUGUUUUAAGAAUAUCAAGCAUCUUCCUACCCAGUAUACAUCGCAAAAAAAGAGCUGGAUGAGCGGCGAUAUCUUCGAAGAGUGGGACCGAAAAUUCCGGGUAGAUGGUCGAAAAAUUGCUCACAUUAUCAACAACUGCCCUGCUCAUCCAACGUUGUCCAAUUUGACCAACGUGCAGCUUGUCUUUCUGCCACCAAAUACGACGUCUAUGUUGCAACCAAUGGACCAAGGUGUCAUUCGCAGCCUCAAAGCGUUUUAUCGCGGAGAGGUUGUACGUCUGAUUUCCAGAGCUCUCGAAGAAAAAAAAAGCCUUGUCCAAAGAUAUCAAUUCUGCAAGGAAUGA